AUGGCAUCUGCUGCACCUGGCCAGCAGCAGCCAUCACAUGAGGACCUCCCAGAGUCCGUGUUCAAAAAGAGUUACAACUUUCCGCCUUUCUUCAGCCCCCAGCCUACCUCCUUGACCCGGCAAGCCCAACUGAAAAAAUGGUCCGAGUUCAUCCAGCGCUAUUGCCGACAUUACCGUCUUUUCCAACUCUCCGUCAUUGACGCCCUUCAAAGCCCGCUGUUCUACAACUCAAAGUUGAAAAAGGGUCUCAGCCUCAAAGAUGCUAAGGCUGUGAUAGAUCACAUGGCCAGCAAGGACGGUGACGAGAGAGCUGAAUGGCGCGGCCCUGAAAAGUCAGUGGCCUGGAUUUGGUGGCGGAAACCCGAAGAAUGGGCGACUUUGAUUGUUAACUGGGUCGAAGAAACCGGUCAGAAGGGCACGGUCCUGACGCUUUAUGAAUUGGUCCAGGGUGAAACGACAGAGAAUCAGGAGUUCUACGGACUGGACAUGGAAGUGCUGCAAAGGAGCCUUAGCACGUUGGUCAAGAAGGGGAAGGCACAGGUAUUUGGAACAGAGGAUCAGCAAGGUGUUAAAUUCUUUUGA